ACAUGUCGGAUCAAGAACAUCUGAUGAACUUGUUGAAGAAGGAAGUGAGGUCACUCCUAACUUCAAUCCAGGAAGGCCUCACCCCUUUCCAGUUAGAAGAAGAAUACAAAUCUAUGAUAGGGGAACAGCUUCCAUUUCGUGCUCUAGGUUACCGUUCCAUUAUGGAACUGGUGAAGGAUAUGCCUGAUGUUGUUAACGUAUGCCCUAAGGGAAACGGCGAUGUAAUCCUCAAAGCUAUUGCAGAUGAGUCCACCAAGGGGAUUGCAAGCUUGGUUGCCAGACAAAAGAAGAACAGACCUAAGCCACAGCCUUCCAGGCAUAGGCUGAAUUUCUCUUAUUCCACAUCUUGGUCUGGUUUGCCUUGGCGCCCUAAAAUUUCUGUAAGCUUACCUCGGCGGGGCCGGGUACUGCCCACUCUGCCAGCUGUUGUAAAAAGUGAGCUGAAGGAAUUGCUGAGCUGUUCCCCUGUCCUGUUGUCAGAUUUUGACAAAGCCUUUAUUAAGCGCUUUGGACGGACCUUUGAAUUUAUUCGCUAUGGGUUCUUCUCUAUGUUUGAGGUGCUGGAUGCAGCUUCGGAUAUCAUCACAAUUAUGCAAACAAGGGCAGGCUCCCUGUUGACUCUAAAAAAGAACCCAUCCCUUAAGAAACCGCCAGAAAAGCUGCCAGAGUGCACGGUGAUGACUCUGCCAAAUAAAACAGAGUCUUUGCCUACUGCUGUUCCAGCAGCACCUGCAGUGAAGACACCUCCUCUGACUCCUGUCCUGCCUGUGGAUAACCAAAGUCUGACUCCAAGACAGGAAUCGGAUACUUCGCUAGUGCAGUUGAAACAGGUGGAAACCCCAUUGGUGAGAUCUGACGAGAGGAUGAAACAACUAGAGAAAGAGAUGAAGAUAGCACUUGCCCAAAAAGGACCUGGAGGGACAGUCAGCUUGGAACUCAAGGAAAAAAUAAAAACUAUUGUAGCACAACACCCAGAUGGCUUGCUUGCUUCCAAAUUACCUGUUGAAUUCGAGGUGCAUUUUAAAGAAACAUUGCCAAUAAGGAAACUGGGUUUCUUAAACCUGAUGGACCUUGUUGGUGCCCUUAGUGAUGUUCUCCAUAUUGAAUGCAAAGAAAGGGAACAAGACUGGCUCAUUUUUCACAUUGAUUCACAGUGCUUAACAGGUGAUGAACAAGCAAAUGAUAAGAUUGGCCAGUCAUUAGCACAUGAGGGGACCCCCAGUGCGACUGACCUAUCCAGUUGGGAUUUUCCUUUAGAGGAUUCUAAGAAACUGGAGACCAAGUUCAAUGUAGUAACAAAGAUGAUGGCACCGCACUUGGACAUGGAGGAGCCUCACAUUAUGCAGGAGAUAUUGGAAGACGAAAUCCCACCAGAUGCUGUCCUGGAUAGAAGCCUUUAUAGUCUCCCUCAGCGUGGCAGCAGUGCUUUGGUGGGGGUUUUGGUGGAGUACAUUGUGUCUCCUUCACAAUUCUAUGUUAGAAUUGACAGUGCAGAAACCUCCAACAAGCUCGAAGACAUGAUGGUUGAGAUGAGACGAUGCUAUUCUAGUAAAAAUGUAGCUGACCGUUACAUCAUACCUGAAGCCUCAAUCCGACCUGGCCACCUUUGUUGUGUAAGGAAUUUGGAAGACAAAUGGUGGUACCGAGUUAUCAUUCAUCAAGCGCUUAAUGACCAGGAGGUGGAAGUCUUUUACCCAGACUUUGGAAAUAUGGGGAUAGUCCAAAAAAAUUCAUUGAGGUUCCUCAAGUACUGCUAUGCAAAGCUUCCUGCCCAAGCUAUCCCUUGUUCCUUAGCCUGGGUGAAACCCACAGAGGGUGACUGGACUGUCAAUGCCGUACUUAAAUUCCGGAGGUUAUGUGAGCUGAAGCUGCUGGUGGGAGUGGUGGAUGAAUACAUAGAUGGAGUCCUUCACCUUUUCCUCUGUGACACUAGCUCUGAUGAAGAUAUCUACUUGCACAACAUACUGAGAUUAGAGGGCCAUGCACUCAUCUGCAGAGAGAACAUUCCUUCUAAGGGUUUCAGAGAGCUCAAUCCUUCCACUGUGUAUAUCAAAUCCAGUCCAAAGGAACAGGCUAGUUUGACAGAGUCAGAUGCUUCCUUGAUUCAGCAGGAGUCUUUUGGUGACCUCCCAGAAAUAACAGAUUCAGAGCGCUGCAAGAAUGAAGUGGUUUUGCAGAGAUUUGAUAAGAGGGAGGAUUUGGCACAUUUGGAACCUGAACAGUUGGAGCAGGGAGACAAGUGCUUUGCAGAUUCUUCUUACUGUUCAUAUGACUUCCAAGAAAAAGGACUCUUCAGAGACUGUCAUGGGAAUUCAAGCCUAGAGCAGAAUGAACAGAUGUUGGAAGCUAAGGAUACAACUAGCCUGUGCUCUGAGAUGCCAUACUUGGAACCAGUGUAUUUAUGCAAAGAAAUUUGGGAUGAGAACUGGAUACCUUCCAAGUAUUGUGAAGAAAAGGAAAAUGGGAAGAUUUGUGAGAAUUUGUGCUCUGAUACUGCAGCAUUUUCCUGCCAGGCUUCAACUGAUAAAGGAAGCAAGGAUGAGGCCCACCACAGCCAGGAUUUGAUGCAACAGGAUAUGGAUAUUUCUAAUGCCGUGGACAGAACAAAAAAUAUCAAUCUGGAACCUCUGAGCAAAAUCCUGGGUUCAUCUGGAGGAAUGGAGACGAACUCUCUUGGAGCUACAUCUGGUCCUUUGUCACAAACACAGGAGGAGUUUUACAUCUCCAUUUCCCAUCUGAAGAAAUCAGGAGAGUUGAGCCAAAUUGAUUUGGAUGUGAACAAAUUAUCUUCCGAUAAUUCUCAACCUCUUCCAUCAGCAUCUGCCUCACAAGAAGAAGCUCCUUCAGAAAAGAAGGUGGACAAUGCCUCCAGGACCAAAGCAGUCGCUUUAUGUAGCACUAGGAUCUGUUUGGAUCAAGGGAACAUAAGUCACAAUACCUUGAUGUUCACUGCUGAGCUUCAGGGGUCCCCAAAAUUCUGUGUCCCUUGCAGCCCUACGGUAGCUCUGGGAGCUUCUGCACGCUUAGCCAUGUCUGGUGGAUAUUUCUCCCUUAGCCUCUUGAGGAAGAUAAAGACAUGAGGAAAGCCAAGAAGUGUCUGGAUGGCUUUCAGGAAACUUCAGUAUUCAGCUACUUUAUUGGACAGAGCAGUCAAAAAUCUUUUUGUUUGAAGCUGUGGGAACUCUGCCUCAUAAUUGCUUAGAGCCCAGCUUUAAUUUGGACUAAGUGCUGUGAUUAGUGUUACUUUCCCCCCCCCCCCAUGUAUUUCUCCUUGUUAUAUA